AGAAGGCGCUCCCACUGUCGGCUGGUAGUGGCUUCAAGUUGAGCAGUUGAGAGUCCCGCAGCCGAACCAUUGGUGCGUAAUGGUGCACGACUGGCCGGCAGAUGUUUCACCACCGGGACACUCUGUCUCCGCACACUUUAUCUGAACUCUUCCGACUUUUUUUCUCAGCGUAGGCGUGCGUUAACUCGCUCCUGCCUUUUGCAAAAAAAAAAAAAAAAAAAAAGUUAUCAGGGGAAGGAGAGGGACGAAGAAGGAGGAAAAAAAACUGGGCUACCUCUUCAAACCGUCCCGGUUUCUACCGGGGAGUUGUCGUCAUCAGCACCCCAGAUAUCCCCCCCUUAGCUCCCUAAAUGGAUGGGGCAGUCUUGGUCUAUGCAGUUGAGCAGCACAGGCCGAAAGAUUGGAAACAACUUGUGAGUAUCCGUCAGUUCGGCGUCUAGAGGGGGAACGCUGAGAAAUGCCCGGCUGCUUCGCUGGAGCUCAGCUCUGAGGACUUUUCUCCUGCAGUCGUGCAUUUUUUCAGGAGGAAAGGACUCUGCUCAAAGUUUACAACAGAAAGGAAAAGUCAGCGCUGAAGUGGCAGCUCUCACACUAAAGCCCUCGCUAUGGAUUGUAUGUAUUUAUUCAUGUGCUUUUCACUCAGUCAAGUCUUUUUGGAUCAUAUUGUCGCUGCAGAAACGCAUGAAAAACUCUCUGGAAAGUUAAGUGAAUAUGGUCUUAUCGUGCCAUUCAGCACAGACUCCCGUGGCCGGUACAUUUCUCACGUGGUCUCUGCUGGAAGUGGAAGUAAAGGUGGUGCUGCUGCUGAUGCUGAUGCCGCCUCAGCGUUUGGCAGCAGAAGAAGGGUGGCCCGCGGUGCCCCCGAGAUGCCCCCGGUCACCCCUGCCUCGGCGCAGCACUUGUUUUUCAACGUCACUGUGUUUGGGAAGGAACUGCACCUCCGCCUGAAGGCCAACAGGCGGCUGGUGGCCCCGGGGGCUUUCGUGGAAUGGCAGGAGGACUUUGUGGAAAAGGCCAAGGAGCGUAUCCACGGGGACUGUGUUUUCACCGGAGAUGUGAGCGACAUGCCAGAGGCCUCUGUGGCUAUCAGCAACUGUGACGGACUGGCAGGUCUGAUCCGGACUGAUAAUGGGGAGUUUUUCAUCGAGCCCCUCGAGAAGGGCCAACAGGACGUGGAAGUGAAGGGGCGGGUCCACGUGGUCUACCGCAGGUCGGCCAUCAAGAGGGAGACGGGCCAGCGGAGGGAGGACCUCCACAAUGAAGUGGCAGACUUCGGGAUCGCAGACCUCCCUGCGGCUCUGGAUCUCGUGGAACAUAAACUGUCAGAGUCUGAGCGCAAGAGGAGGCACGCGAAGAAAGAUGACUACAACAUCGAGGUGCUGCUGGCUGUGGACGACUCAGUGGUGCGCUUCCACGGCAAGGAGCAUGUGCAGAAUUAUGUUCUCACACUCAUGAACAUAGUUGAUGAGAUCUACCACGACGAAUCUUUGGGGACCAACAUCAACGUUGUCCUUGUCCGCAUGAUAAUGGUCGGGUACCGACAGUCUAUAAGCCUGAUCGAGCGUGGCAACCCAUCCCGCAGCCUGGAGCAGGUGUGUCGAUGGGCCAACACGCAGCAGCGGCGCGACCCCGACCACGCCGAGUACCACGACCACGCCAUCUUCCUCACAAGGCAAGAUUUUGGUCCCGCAGGUAUGCAAGGUUACGCUCCAGUUACAGGGAUGUGCCACCCACUGAGGAGCUGCACUCUGAACCAUGAGGACGGCUUCUCCUCGGCCUUUGUGGUUGCUCAUGAAACCGGCCAUGUGCUCGGCAUGGAGCACGACGGCCAGGGGAAUCGUUGUGCUGAUGAGACCAGUAUGGGCAGCAUCAUGGCUCCGCUCGUCCAAGCAGCUUUCCACCGCUAUCACUGGUCACGUUGCAGCAAGCAGGAGCUCAAUCGAUACAUCCACUCUUACGACUGCCUGCUGGAUGAUCCCUUUGAGCACAAGUGGCCCAAGCUUCCUGAGCUCCCCGGGAUAAAUUACUCAAUGGAUGAGCAGUGCCGCUUUGAUUUUGGUGUUGGUUAUAAAAUGUGCACCGCUUUUCGAACUUAUGACCCUUGCAAGCAACUGUGGUGCAGUCAUCCUGACAACCAGUACUUUUGUAAAACGAAAAAAGGGCCUCCGGUGGAUGGAACAGAGUGUGCACCAGGGAAGUGGUGCUUUAAGGGCCAUUGCAUCUGGAGAUCCAGCCAGGAGCCUCAGGGCCAUGAUGGGAAUUGGGGGUCCUGGUCAAAGUUGAGCUCUUGCUCCAGAACAUGUGGAGGUGGAAUUCGCUCCCGCAGCAGACAGUGCAAUAACCCUCCGCCUGCCUACGGUGGGCGAGAUUGCCCCGGCUCUGCCUUUGACUACCAGAUGUGCAACACAGAGGAGUGUGCUGGCCCUUACGAGGACUUCCGUGCUCAGCAGUGCGUCCAGAGGAGCAACAAAUACCACAAAAACAUCAAGCACACCUGGCUACCGUACGAGCACCCAGAUGAGGCCCGUAAGUGUGAGCUGAGCUGUAAGUCAAAGGAAACAGGAGAGGUGGUGUUCAUGAACCAGGUGAUGCACGAUGGGACCCGCUGCAGUUACUCAGAGCCCUUCAGCGUGUGCGCCAGAGGAGAGUGUCUGCAUGUAGGCUGCGACAAGGAGGUCGGCUCUUACAAACAAGAGGACAAAUGCGGAGUGUGUGAGGGGGACAACUCCCACUGUCGCACCGUGAAGCUGACGCUCACAAAGACACCCAAAAAGAAUGGAAUGCUGAAGAUGUUCGACAUUCCAAUAGGAGCCCGCCACAUUGUGAUCGAAGAGAACGACACUUCCCCUCAUAUAAUUGCUGUGAAGAAUCAAGUUACUGGAAACUUCAUACUGAAUGCAAAAAGUGAAGAAGCUGAAACAAAGACCUUCAUCGAAAACGGUUUACAGUGGGAGUAUUCCAACGAUGGUGGGAAGGAGAUGCUGAAGACAACUGGUCCUCUGCAUGAAGGCAUUGUAGUGCUGGUCAUACCCCAGGAAGAGGACACGAAGAUCAGCCUAACGUAUAAGUACAUCAUACAUGAGGACCUUUUACCGCUUAUAAUGAACAACAAUGUCCUUCUGGCUGAACUGGAUACCUAUGAAUGGGCACUGAAGAGCUGGUCUCAGUGCUCCAAACCCUGUGGGGGAGGCAUCCAGUACACAAAAUAUGGAUGCAGGAGGAAGAGUGACAGCCGUUUGGUGCAUCGAAACUUUUGUGAAACCAGCAAAAAGCCCAAACCCAUCCGCAAACGCUGCAAUGUUCAAGAAUGCAGCCAGCCCACGUGGGUGGUGGAGGAGUGGAGUCCCUGCAGUAAGACCUGCGGGAAACUUGGUUAUCAAACCAGAGUGGUGCAGUGCAUGCAGGCGCUCCACAACGGCACCAACAGGCCCGUCCACAGCAAACACUGCCUCGAGGACCGGCCGGAGAUAAGGAGGGCCUGUAACCACACCAUAUGCCCUGCCCAGUGGAGGACAGGGGCGUGGUCUCAGUGUUCAGUGACCUGUGGCGAAGGGAUUCAGCAAAGGCAGGUGGUUUGCAAGGCCAGCGACAACACCCUCGGAGAAUGUGAGGGCGAGAAGCCGGAGACAGUUCUUAUCUGCAAACUAAGUUCUUGUCCAGGGCAGCCAGUGUCUCCUCUCACUGUCGAAACAAUGGAAAACUCCACAAUAAAAGACGAAGCCGUACACCAAAGGGCUCCUGAAAACCCUGUCCACAAAAUCUCUUCAAAUGAGCCAUGUCUGGGGGAUAAAUCAAUUUUCUGUCAGAUGGAGGUUCUUGCCCGAUAUUGCUCCAUCCCUGGAUAUAAUAAGCUUUGCUGUGAGUCUUGCAACAAGAAAGAAAACCUCGCCACACAUGCUCCUGACCUCCAUAGCACCCCAUUGGCCUCAGUUGAACACGAGACCUCCACUCCUUCUCACCCUGCAUCACCCAAGGCUCCUCCACCUGCUACGACCAAGAGCCCACUGCAAACCACUAAAGCCAUUGGCAGAUGGCUGCGCUCCACUGCCCCGGUGCCAACCACAGCUGCUGCUGCUGCUGAAGCUGAAGCUGAAGCUGAAGCCUCGCCAUCCACAGGUGCUGCUCCGCCCCAGGGUCCCACCAGCGACUCCCUCCUCACAGCUGGGAAAGGAGACUCAGACCCGGGGCCUCUUCUACCUCCAGGGCCUCCACGGCCCACAGCAGACUCCAGUGGAGGUGCCUCUAAAGAGCACAGUCCAAACAGCACUUUAGGCCCAGUCGCUGCCAGGUCAAGAAGGGACGAUUUAGGAUCUGAGAGGGACUCGAGUCACAGAACCCUGUCAGCUCAGAAAUGAACAGUGAGCGAUGUUGUGAACGUGCUGCUCAGUGAGACGGUCUCGUACAUCAGCUCACCCUUUGCAGCAUCUCAUAGACUCGCAGUCAGGCUGCGGAUAUUUUCUUUCUUUUUUUUUUUUACAAAGAUUUUUUUUUUUCCAUGCCAGUGAACUUAGACCAGACCAGCGAUGGUUACCUCAUCAAAACUCCAGAGUGAUCUGUGCACAGUGUCGCUCUGCCCUCUGUGCUUCAAAUAUGAAACGGACGAAAAAAAAAGUUGUCAGGUGCUGUAAACUAAAAUGACUACAAGACGUGUUUAAAAUGUGAUGACUGCAUUGCUACAUUCAUGUUUUUAUCUGUGUACAGUUGUGUAAUCCUGUUUUUUUUCAAGUGCAUUAGAACUACUAUUGAACUUGUAUUGUGAACAUGUGAGGAGAGGUCAAAGGCCAUGGUUUUGGAGGUGCACGUGUCAACUGUGGAGGCUAGAGUGUGCCGCCUGAAUAAUUAUAGACCCUGCCGUUUGUUAAAUAAUAAUUCAGUGUUACAGUGCUAAGUUAUUUAAGAUAUAGUGAGUAACAUUUAUAAAAUAACCAUUCCUCAUAUUUAAUGCAAGUGUCCCUAUAUCCUGACUAGGGACUUCAUUUUCAGAAUAUUUUGCUUUUGAUAGCCCAACACACAUCAGCUGGUAAUUAAUCUGGUAAUUUCUGAGAAGAAAAUGCAAAAUGACGUGAAAUACAAGGAGACCUUGCUUUUAGUUUGGAGCUAGUUUUAGCUAGCUUUAGCACUGCAUUUCAAAGCGCCAUCCAUUUAGAGGUGGUAAAAUUAAAAAAAAAAAAAAGUGAUGUAAAUGUCUUACCUUUUAUUUUAUUUUGUGUUGGCUGUGUUAACAGACAGACAGCCAAUUACUUUAACAUGAGGAAAACAAAGUGCCCACUUCACCUCUGGUCUCCACUGGUUAGCUAACAUUAGCUUUAGCCGCUCGACACUGUGCACCGGCCCGCUUGGGUGGGAGCUAGCUGGCAACGGCUACGUUGCUGCAAACACAUGGUAACCACCCUCUGGUCACCCCACAGGUAGCCCCUGUGAAAAAGUGGCUUCAUUUUGAGCAGCAAACCACCUUAACAUUGUCAACUAUGUUAGCACCACUAGCGAUGCUGACACUGCUUACAGUGCUAACAGCAAUAAAAUAGUUAACAUUCCUAAAAGAGAUUUGCGGCUAAAAAUUUGGGCCACUUGCUCACCACGGCGUUCUGGGGGAGACUGGAGGGUGGGCACAAUGUCUCCACAGCACUGCUAGCAGUAAUCACCGAAUGAGCGGCACCUCUAACUAAGCUGGUGCGCUAUACAGAGCGGCUAAGGUUAGCUAACCAGUGGCGACCUAAAGGUGAGCGUUGGGCACUAUAUUCACGCUGGUUAACGUGGCUAGGCGGCUGUCUAUCUCCCACCAAAUCUGGAUGGUUUGCAGUGCAGUAAACUGAAGAGAUAUUUUUGGCAGUUAACCAAUUAACAGUUAACCAUUGACAUCCCUAAUCCUGACAGUAGUGCAUGAGACAGAUAUUCUGUGAUAAAACAUGGUCCUCCUCCUGCUCCUGGUUCCUGUCAUGGCAUAUGCAACAAUCUCCAACUGGUGGGCGGUGCUGAAUCUUCGGCUCAACUGUUGUCAACAUGGCGGCCUGGUCACAAAAGCCCUGUUUCCAAUUCUUUCGGUAUGGUACCUUUGGAGCCAAAGGUAACCCUUCAGACAUGGUACCUAGACCUUAGGUCCGUUUAGUGUUUCCACCGCAAACUCUUUCACGUUUAUCGUCCACACAACAGGUUGCACACCGACAUUUUCCGAGCAAAAUAGAAGAGGCUGCAGUGAGAGUCUCUCUCCAUGGGAUAUUUAAAAAUAGCGUGUCUGUGCAUUUAGCCCUUCUAAGGCAAGCACAAGCGUUUAGUGUUGCUGGUGCGCUUUUUUUAGUUUAGUUCACAUAAUCUGGUCAAAAUUAAUAUAUAUUUUUUUAAAUGCUUGAAGAUCCACUCAUUACUAAAAGUGUAAGUCGUCCAAGAGAGACAAUAAAAACUAGAGCAAUGGUCGAAGUUGUCAUAGUGAAAUUUAGGUGCGCUGAUGAAUUCACGUCGUCAACUCAUACAUUGAGUAACAUAACAAGUAAACUUUCCACCUUAAAAGUUGCCGGCGGUCGGACUAAAAUGGAAACGGAACAAAAGCGUACCAAACUGAACUGUAUCCUACUGCUACCGUACUGCUUGGUGGAAACGGGGCUAAACUUUCUCAUUUUACAGCUAAACAGUACACUAAAAUAUGUCUCAGAAACAGAAUCUUGGUUCAUAUUUGCUCAGCCCUGCCUUGUGUGACAAUUUGACCGCAGUGAUUGACAUGACUGACCCCUCAGCUCUGAUUGGUUGUUUUUGUCCAGCUGCGGUGGAUCCAUGCAAAUGCCAUUAGCAGCACUAGGAGGAGGUAAAGGAAUGUGAUGUUUUAUACAGAUAAUGUGUCUCAUGUGUCAGGAUGUAGUGACAAUUUCAUUAGAUAGGACAAAACGUUCUUUUAGAAAAGUUACAGACAACAGCUUUAACUGGGUUAAUUUGAAAAUAUAGAUGAUUAUUAUAGAUUAAAAAUGUAAUUUCUGAUUUUAAGAACUGAUAUAAAUUGAAAGUAGAAUGGAAAAAAAUAUUUAACUUUCUGUUGUUCCCUGUACUUAUGUCUCUCACAGUCUAUUGUCCAUUGAGAUCCAACCCACAGAACAAUGACAGGAACUCAUGGGCUGAGCAGAGGGUGGCAACAGAGUGCAUUACAUAACAUGACACAUGUGCUUUCAGCUUCCUUGCUGAAAGUUAGAUGAGAAAAUCAGUACCAGCCUUAUUUGUGCAAUAACUGUGGAGCUAGAGACAGGAGGUUGUUAGCGUAGCAUGAAGUCUGGAAGCGGGGAGAGACAGCUUUAUUCAUUAUAGAAAUGCACAUGACUUUUAAAUCUAUCUAACUGAUUAUAAUAAUCUAUAAUUAUUCCCAUGGCACACUCCACACUCCAUAGCCAUCACUCCUGGCAGGGAGCCUCGUCGCUUCUCUGUCUCCGGUGCUCUUAUUUUGUUGUUUGCUCCAACGUAUCGGUGAUUUUCCUCACUGGUAAUAAAAAAAAAAAAUCAUGACUGUCUGCAAACCAACCCCACUGUAGCAUGCCUUCUGUCUGCCUUUGUGGAAGUCAGUCACGUAACGGUUUAAAAACAAAAAAAAAGAUUCAAGAAAAAAGCUCAUUAUCUUUUUGUAACUGAUAUAUUUUUCAGAUAAUAAUGUAUAUAAUGUAAAUUUCAAGUUAUGGAAAGAAAUUAACAGGCAAGAAUUGAAUGGAAAGUUUGUCGCAAUUGUUAAAAAAAAAAAAAAAA